AUGCGCCCGCCGGCUCCGCCGUCCGCCAGCCGUGGCGGGGCGGAAGGCGGGAUGGCGCGGGAGCGCGUGAGACUGAUGGGCGCGGUACUGCGGGCUGCGCCUGGCGCGCACGCGGCGGGCGGUGGGGCGGAAGGCGGAAGAGUAGGCGCGGGAGCAGUGAGAUCCGCGGAUGGGGUGGGCGAGGGGAACGGUCAAGCGCAAUGGCUACCGGCGGGUGGGGACGAGGGGGUGGGGGACGGGGUGGAGGACAACGAGGCGCGCCGGAAGCGCGCGCGGACGGAACGGCAAGGCGGAGAGGGCGCGGCAGGCGCGGUGGGUGAGAUGGGUUAUGGCGGGGCAUGGCGGGGGGAGCAGGAUAGGGGCGGAAGUGCGGGGUUGGGGGGAUUGCAACAUGAGGGGCAAGGGGCUGGGCAAGGAUGGCCGGGGGAGGAUGAGCGGAAGCCGGCGCAGGAUCAGGCGCGCGAGCAGGGACAGGGGGAACAGGGGGAACAGGGGGAGCCAGGGGAGGAGGAAGAAGGGGAGGAGCAUGCUCAGGAGCAAGAGCAGGCGCAAGAGCAGGAGCGGGAGCAGGAAGGGGAGGAGGUAGGGGGGGAGGAUGAGGGGGAAGGCGCGAGCAUUCGGCAGCGGCUGCUGCAGCAGCACAGGCAGAUGCUGGCGGCGGCGCAGCACUCGCUGCUCAUGCGCGGCGGCGGGGGAGGGCGCGGAGGGCGCGCACGGCGGAGCACCGUCGGCAGCAGCGCCAGCAGCAACGGCAGGCAGCGGGCAGCAGCGCCAGUGCGGGCAGUUUCGCCCACAGGCGGCGUGAGAGGCGAGGCGGCGCAGCGGGUGGCGGCAGGGGGGUGGCGGCGGGACGUGCUGGGGGACGGGGUUGCGCGCGCGGAUGCAAGGCGGGCAGGCAGCGGUGUGGAUGAAGGGGCUGGAGAGGAGGCAGGGGCGGAGGCGGAGGGGGCGGCGGAGGUUGAGGGGGAAGGGGAAGCGGGGUGGGAGCAAGGAGAGGGGCGGGGUGACGGGGGAGAGGGCAUGGGCGCGGAGGUGUGGAACGAGCCAGCUGCUGCGGGGUGGGAGCAAAUGAUGGGUGAGACCCGCGCAGCAGUGAUGGGCGAGACCCGCGCAGCAGUGAUGGGCGAGACCCGCGCAGCAGUGAUGGGCGAGACCCGCGCAGCAGUGAUGGGCGAGACCCGCGCAGCAGUGAUGGGCGAGACCCGCGCAGCAGUGAUGGGUGGCGCAAGGCCACUGGUGGGCAAUGGCGCUGGUGGCGCUGGUGGUGGCGGAAGGGCGGCUGGCGCUGCUGGCGCAGGUGGUGAUGUGGGCAUUGGUCAUGGCGGAGGGCCAACAGCGGCAGGCCGGGCAGGAGUGGCAGCAGGGGUAGCAAGGCCGCAGGCGCCUCUGGCAGCAGGCCCCAGGCAGCUGCAGCAGCAGCAGCAGCAGCUAUGGCAGCAGCAGCAGCAGCAGCAGCUAUGCCAGCAGCAACCGCAGCAACAGCAGCACUGCCACGAGCCUUUGCCGCCACCGCCACCCCCACAUCAGCAGCUGAGGCAAACGCAUGGGAUGGUGGAGAGAGGAGCAGCAGGCGGAGCAGCAGGCGGGGCAGCAGCAGCAGCAGCAGCAGCAGCUGUUGCUGCUGGUGCGCCUGGGAGAGGCAGAGAUGGAGGCCCAGCCACUCUACCCACCACCGCCCCCUCCUCCGCACUUCAACCCCCCUUCCUCCGCCACCCUCCUCCCCACCUCCCCCACACACCAUCCGCGCCCGCCGCCCUUCAAUCCCCAGCCCCUCCCCCCGUCCGCGCUGCAGCAACCCCCUCCCCUCCGCCAACGCACCUCCCCUCACCACCCGCCAUGCCGCCUCCCAGGCUGGACCCACCAGCAGCCGCGCCUCAACCCAGGGUAGACUCGUCCUCUAUCACACCUCAACCGUUACUGUCGCUGCGGCGCUGGUUGAACCGGGCAGGCAGGGAGGUGGAUAGACUCGAGAGCCUGUUCCUGUUCGCGCAGGUGGUGGACAUGGUCGCUGCCGCCCACACGCAGGGCCAUGUGGUUCGCCACGUGCGGCCGGCGUGCUUUGUCCUGUCUGCGCAUCGAAGGGUGGUGUACCACCCGCCGUUCCUGCGGGCGCGACCCGGGGAGGCGGGGGAGGGGGAAGUGGGGGAAGGGGAGGGGGAGAUGGGGGAGGAUGGUGGUGGAGGGCAGGCGCGGCUGCAACAGCAGCAGCAGCAACAACAGGAGGAGGAGGAGCAACAGCGGCAGCAGCAGCAGGGGUGGCGGCAGCAGGAGGAGGGGCGCGGAGGCGGAGGGGCAGCAGAGGGGGCAGUGACGUGGAGGGAGCAGCAGGCGGAGGCAUGGCAGAGGGCGAUGCUGCAGGAGCAGGGGGAGGAGGGGAUGGUGGCGCAGGGGCAGGGGCAGGGGCAUCUGGGGCAGGGGCAAGCGGGUGGGAGGGCGGGGCGAGCAGCAGCAGGGCGGGGCAUGGCAGGGCAGCAGCGAUUAACCCCCGGUGCUGGAGGGGCAGAGGCAGGAGAACGCGGAGGAGGGGACAUGCAGUGGGGAGGCGGAGCGGGAGGGGCAGGGGGUGAGGGGGGGAGGGCGGAGGAGGAGGAGGCACGGUGGUACACGUCACCGGAGGAGGCAAGGGGUGACCCUGUGGGGGCGGCGUCUGAUGUCUUCAAGCUGGGCGUGCUCUUCUUUGAGGUGAGCCUCCUCUUUGAGGUGAGCCUCCUCUUUGAGGUGAGCCUCCUCUUUGAGCUAUUCUGUCUAUUCACGAGUGCCACGGAGCGCAGCGUGAUAAUGGCGGACCUCUGCCAUCGCAUCCUGCCGCCCCGCCUGCUCUCCCAUCGCCCCAAGGAGGCCGCGUUCUGCCUCUGGCUGCUGCACCCGCAGCCCUCCGCCCGCCCCACCGCUUCGCCGCGUUCUGCCUCUGGCUGCUGCACCCGCAGCCGUCGGCACGACCCACUGCUCGAGAGUCCCCUAACGCCUUCCCAUCGUCCCAAGGAGGCCGCCUUCUGUCUCUGGCUGCCGCACCCGCAGCCGUCAGCGCGCCUCACAGCCCAUCACUGCCCCACAUGCCCGGCAAGCUCAUCAUGCCCCACAUGCCCGGCAAGCUCAUCAUGCCCCACAUGCCCGGCAUGCUCAUCAUGCCCCACAUGCCUAUCAUGGCUGCCCUCACAACAUGCUCUCCCAUUUCUGACCUUUUCAAACGCCCUUGCCAUACCCCUCUCUCUCCACGGCUGGUCUCCUUGCCCCUCCAUCCUUUUCCUCUCCGUCUCCACAGGGAGGGAGGUGCGCAGCAGCCAGCUGGUGGCAGACGUAGCAAGCAUGUUCGCCCACAGGGGGCAGCAGGCGGGGCUUGAGGCACAGGAGGCGGACGAGGUGCGGAGCAGUCAACUGCUGGCAGAUGUGGCGAGCAUGUUCGCCCACAGGGGGCAGCAGGCGGGGCUGGAGGCAGAGGAGGCGGAGUGUGACGUGCUGCUCGCCUUCCUCUCGCGAAUCCACCUCGCCGAGCAGUCUGCCGCCCAGAAACUCGCUCUCGAUCUCGGGCGGCUCACUGGGGAUAUCCAUGAGGUGCACCUCAGGCGGGCGGCGGUGAUGGGCGGCCAGCAGGCGCACGGGCGGCACGGGCAUGGCCGGCAGGGGCACGGGCGGCAGGUGCACGUACAUGGAUCGGGGCAGCAGGGGCAGUCUCAGCCGCUCAUGCUGCCAGCUCCGUCCACACAGACGGUAGAGGAUAGGGAAGGCGGCAGACGGGGCCGCAGGGAGGGUGGCUGGGAGGGUGGGAGUGACAUGAGCGGAGGGGCAGAGAGGGACCUUUGGAGUGCCUUUUCCCCCCGCUCCCCCCGCCCUGGGCUCAUCCCACCCUCUCAUGCCGCUGCUGCUGCUGCUGCUGACAUGAGUGGAGUGGUGAGCAUGGGUGGGGGAGGGCGAGAGGCGAGAGGGAGGUGGCCGGCAGGUGAAGCGGAGGAGGCACGAGAAGGGGCACGAGAAGGGGCACGGCAUUUCCCUUCCUCCGUUCCUGCCGCUGCUGCUGGCGUUUCUGCUGCUCCAUUCAGUAUGGGACGGCCGCGGGGGGCAAGGAGGAGCGUGCGGUUACUGCGUAACCUGGACCGGUUGGAAGAGGUGUAUUUCGCCAUGCGCUGGAGAGUAGAGGCGGCCAAUGGGGGACCUGUUGGGAGGGGGGCCGGUGCCACUGCCUCUGCCGCUGCUGCUGCUGCUGCCGCUCUGCCUGCAAACGACGCUGCAGUGCCGCUUGCUGCCCCUCGCGCUGCUGCUGCUGGCGCCGGUGUUGGUGGUGGUGGUCGCGGUGAUGGUGGCAGUAGUGCUGGCGGUGCAGGUGGGAUUGAUGGUGGCGGUGGUGGUGGCAGUGUUGGGGGGGAUGAUGAGUCGAGUCAGGGUGUGGUGAGGCCAAGAGAGGUGAUGGAAGGGGGAGCAGAGGACAGAAGAGGCGAAGGUACAGGCUCAGAGGCGGAGGCAGGGCAGGCCAGGGCAGCAGCACCCGCUUCGACUGCUGCUGCCGGGGCAGUGGUUGGUGCAGGGCGGGCAGCAGCACCAGCAACAGCGGCAGGAAGAGCAGGCGGAGCGAUGGCAGCGCCACAGCAGCAGCAGCAGCAGCAGCAGCAGCAGCAGCAUGUGCACGAGCAGCAGCAGGGAGGUGCGGAGGGCAGCAGGGACCUACUGGGCGAGUUCUUCGACUCGCUCUGCAAGUUCGCGCGCUACUCGCGCUUCGAGGUGCGCGCCACGCUGCGCCACGCGCACCUCCUCAACGCCGCCUCCAUGGUCUGCUCCCUCGCCUUCGACCGCGACGCGCAGUUCUUCGCCACGGGCGGCGUCUGUCGGCGGAUUCGGAUCUUUGAGUGUGAGAGCGUGCUGGCCGGGCGGCGAGUGGACGUGCACUAUCCGGUGGUGGAGAUGGGCUGCCGGGCCAAGCUGUCGUGUGUGAGCUGGAACGGGUAUAUCAAGAACCGGCUCGCCUCCGCGGAUUACGACGGGGUUGUGCAGCUGUGGGAUGCGGGCACGGGAGCGGCGGUGAUGGAGUGGGGGGAGCAUGAGAAGCGAGCGUGGAGUGUGGACUUCUCUCCCUGCGAUCCCACGCGCCUUGCCAGCGGCAGCGAUGACGGCACUGUCAAGCUGUGGAGCAUCAACCAGGACACGAGUGUGGGCACGAUUCACACCAAGGCCAACGUGUGUUCGGUCGCCUUCCCCCCGCACUCCUCGCACCUGCUCGCCCUCGGCUCGGCCGACUACUCGCUGCACUGCUUCGACCUGCGCUCGCUCCGCGCGCCCCUCGCCACGCUCACGGGCCACAGCAAGGCUGUCAGCUACGUGAAAUUCGUCGAUGCUUCGACAAUCGUCUCUGCCUCAACAGACAACACUCUGAAGCUGUGGGACUUGAACCAAGCAUGCAGUCAGCAGGCGGGGGGAGGGGCUGAUGGGGCCUCUGCUUGCACGAGGACGUUCACUGGCCACACAAAUGAGAAGAAUUUUGUGGGGCUCACUGUGGCUGAUGGCUACAUCGCAUGCGGCUCCGAAACUAACGAGCAUUCUCUGUCCCGACUCCCCUCCACCACUCCUUGUGUGCGCCACCAUCCCGUUCUGCCUCACUCAUUUGAGGCGCCUCAAAACCCGUUGUGCCUCUCACUGUUGUUCCACGAUCCGAAUCUGCAAUCCAUUUCACCGUCCAUUUGUGCCCAAUCACACACCCCCUCUCCGCCUGUCUCCGAUCCAUCUCCCUCCCCAUCACCGCUCCUCUCCCAGGUGUUUGCGUUCCACAAGUCGCUGCCAAUGCCCAUGGCAGCACACCGCUUUGGGGGGGUUGAUCCGGUCACAGGCGCGGACACGGAGGAGGAUGCGGGGCAGUUUGUGUCGAGUGUGUGCUGGCGGGGUGACUCUCAAACACUCGUUGCUGCGAAUUCUACUGGGAACAUUAAACUGCUGGAGAUGGUCCUUGCCGUACCCUUCUUCUGCCACUCCGCCGCUAAUCUUCCGCUGGUUUCUUUCGCCAGCCUUCCGCCAGUUUUCCGCCAGUCUUCCGCCGAUCCCCCGCCCAGUCCGCCGCCAGGCGCCAUGAGUGCGGAGGAGCUGCAGCCGCCGCGCGUGCUACCGACGGUGCCGGAGACGGUGCUGAAGAAGCGGAAGAAGGACGAGCAGUUCGCGGCGGAGAAGCGCGAGCAGUUCCUGCAGAAGCACGCGCACCGCGGGAAGCGCGGAAAGGCAGAGAAGCGCUUCAAGCGCCCAGAGGACUUCGUGCUCGCGUUCCGCCGGAGGGAGCGCGAUGCUAAGCGCGUGCGCGCGGACCGGGUGGUGGGGCGGCGGGUGCAGCUGAAGCCGGUGGUGGCGGGCGGGGGGAGCGCGGCGCAGCGGAGGCUGGCGCGGCGGAAGCUGAAGGCGGCGCAGAAAGCGGCGGAGCGGAUAAGCUCGGGGAAGGGGGAGGACAAGGGGGGCGUUUUGGCGGGGACGAACCUGAAGCUGCUGUUUGCCGUGCGGAUCCGCGGAUUCCCCAACCUUUCAUCAGCGCGCGCGCUCAUAUUGAAGCAAGGCGUGGGCGCACUUCCCUGCCUCCCCCUCCCCCCUUACCCUCCUUCCCCCAUCUUCCCGCAUCAACCCACUGUAUACUCCCAACCCCCCCUCAGGUUCCCCAACCUAUCCUCAGUGCGCGCGCUCAUUAUGAAGCGAGGCGUGGCACGCAUACGGCAGCAAGAGGAGGGGGAAGGUGACGACGAGGGGGAGGAAGGCGAAGAGGGGGAAGACGCAGGGGAAGGGGAGGAGCAAGCGGAGGGGGAUGAGGAAGCAGAGGGGGACGAGGGAGGGGAGGGAGAGGCCAAAGAGGUGGAAGCAAGGCAGGGGGGAGCAGCAGAAGGGGCAGGGGGUAGUGGGGCGAUGGUGGUGGGAGAGCCUAGAAAGCCGGAGGCGAUGGUCGGGUGGACGGGGCCGGUAAAUCCAGAGGAGGAGGCCAAGGGGUGGCGGCGAGUGCCGCUCACUGACAACGCUAUUGUUGAACAGGCACUAGGCAGCACAGGCAUCAUCUGUAUCGAGGAUUUGAUUCACGAGAUCGCUACAGUGGGGCCGCACUUCCUGCAAGUGACUGGCUUUCUUUGGCCUUUCCGCCUCGCCGCUCCCAGGGGCAAGUUCAGCAAGGCCGGGUGGUUCAACAAGGGAGGGGAGGCUGGGAAUAGGGGAGUUGAGAUCAAUGACCUCAUUCGCCAAAUGGCAUGA